UGCCGUGUGAGUUAGUAUUGUGUAUAUAUACUUACGUUGUGUAGUUCUUUCUAUCGCAAUAUCGAGCCGUCCGGUAAAAGUUUAACAGUGGAAAAAAAUCCGUUCAUCAUCCACUUGAAUAGCCGAUUUCUUCAAUGUAGCUAUAGAAAACAGUUUUUUUUCGGGCUCUCGAUUGUGGAGAUAUUGUGUUUUUAUUUUCAACAUAUUUUUGGAUCCUUUAUCACGCAUCAAAAUGGGACAGCACGUUUCCAGAACCGAUUUCGAGUGGACAUACACGGAAGAACCGCACGCUAGCCGUAGGAAAUUAAUCCUUCAAAAAUAUCCUCAAAUAAAGAAGCUAUUUGGAUAUGAUCCUCAGUUCAAGUGGGUGGCCACUGGUAUGGUGUUGGCACAGUUUGCUAUGCUUUUCGUGAUGAAAGAUCAAUCGUGGAAAAUGAUUUUUCUUCUUGCUUAUUGUUUUGGAGGUGUCAUUAACCACUCUCUUAUGUUGGCCUGCCACGAAAUUGCUCACAAUCUAGCUUUCGGGCACUCAAGACCGAUGGCUAACAGACUGUUUGGAUUUUUCUGCAACCUACCCAUCGGUUUGCCAAUGUCUGUGAGCUUCAAAAAAUAUCACUUGGAACAUCAUCGAUACCAAGGAGAUGAAGUGAUUGAUACAGAUUUACCGACACUACUCGAAGCGAAGCUGUUUUGCAAUACUUUUGGAAAGUUCCUGUGGGUCUGCUUGCAACCAUUGUUUUACAUUUUCCGGCCGCUAGUCGUAAAUCCUAAACCACCCCAGAGGCUAGAAAUCAUAAAUGGUGUUAUUCAGUUGGUGUUCAACGCUAUCGUUGUAUACUUUUUCGGCUGGAAAGUGAUGUUUUAUCUUGUGAUUGGAUCUCUUUUGGCAAUGGGGCUUCAUCCAGUUGCCGGUCAUUUCAUUUCGGAGCAUUACAUGUUUGCCAAGGGUUUCGAGACUUACUCUUACUACGGGCCGCUCAAUUGGAUUACUUUCAAUGUAGGAUAUCAUAAUGAACAUCACGAUUUCCCAGCCGUGCCGGGCCGGUACCUUCCUGAGGUAAAAAAGAUUGCGCCGGAAUUCUAUGACACAAUUCCACAGCACACAUCUUGGACGGCAGUUCUUUAUGAUUUCAUCACCGAUCCCGCGAUAGGGCCGUAUGCUAGAAUCAAACGGAAGGCGAGGGGUCUGGAUUCCUAAACACCUAAAACUGAGGAAAUCUCAACACUAUCGUCCACGAUAUAUAUAUUAUUAUAAAGUAUGACUAUUUUUUCCGGAUUCCUCAAAAUUGACCUAGGAAAACAAAAACAAAUGCUACGAUUUAUAUAGGUAUUGAGUAUAUACAAACUCUAGAAGUGUAAUUUUUAUCUACGUUGGUUGUACAAACUUGAUGGCCAUUGUUUGUUGUUUUUUAUUUGCUUAGUGUUCGCAAACCUUUUCAAUGCCCAUCUUUGCGAAUGAAAUAAUGUUAAUGGAUGAAAUGAAUUCAUUUACAUCAGUCGAUAGUCUAAUAUCAGGAUAUUAUUUCAUGUAUUUAUUACUCGGAUCUAGAAUUUAAUCGAAUUGUUUAAACCAGUUGCAGCACCGGUCUGCUAAUAUUUUGUGUGUGCUUCAUUCUUUCUUUAGUUAUUGGAAAACUAAUAAAACUAGUUAACCUAAAUAACGAAGCACGCUCGGAUUUAUAGUUAGAAGAACUAAUUGAAUUGAAACUGACGGGUAGAUUUCGCUUUCUACAGAAGGUUUAGACGUCACUAAAUAUUGAGUCCUAAUAGAGAGUAAUCUAAUCGUUAACCGAACUAGAACUGAAACUGAUGAUCUAUGAAUGUCAAGAGUGUAAGAAGGAUACCUAACAAACCAGUUGCUUAAUAGAUACUAUAUUUCUAACCAAAUGUGCAGAUGUACUGGAAUAUAUGUGUGGACUAGAAUCUAGUCUAUGAA